AUGGAGUGCUCAGAAGAAGGCCGAGCAAAGCCUCAGAAAGAUGACUUCCACACCCUUUGUACGAGCUCUCGAUUGGAAGAUCCUCCAAACAAGUUUUCACCCCCGGCGUUUGCAGUCUAUAAUGGAAAAACAGAUCCUAUAGCACAUAUUUCAGCCUACACUCAUAAGAUGGCUCUUUGGGCAGGUCGAGACGGACUCAUGUGCAAAAUGAUUCCAUCUAGCCUCGGGACAACAGCCAUGAAAUGGUUUCACCAACUUUCAGAGAACUCAGUUUCGUCUUGGAGGGAGUUGGCCCAAAUCUUCGUAGCAAGAUUUAUAGCAAAUAGUCGAGAUCCAGCAACAUUGGAUACGUUGUUUGCUUUACAUUUGAGGAGAGGAGAAUCACUCAGGGCUUACACUGCCAAGUAUUCAGAUACCUAUGCGGAUAUAGAAGAUUGUGAUGAAAGGACCGCAGUGGCUACGUUUCACCUCGGGCUCCCUCGUGAUUAUAAAUUGAUUAAGCAAUACGUCAAACUGGAAGAAGACAAACAUGGGGAUCGGCAGUUUGCUUCUCAAGAAGCGACAAAAAAGGAAAAUAAGAAGUUUGAAAAGAAGAACGGGAAAGAAAAAGACUCGAAGAAGGAUCCAAAGCCCACUUCUUAUGAAGUGCCAAAUAAGAUGUCAGGGGAUCCGUCCACUCUAAACCAGUCCAAAUGGUGUUCCUAUCAUAGAGAUAAAGGCCACAAGACAGAACAUUGUAGAGAAUUCAAACGACAUUUAGAAGAAUUGGUUCAGCAGGGGCAUCUUAAGGAAUUUAUUGACAAAGAGAAAAUCAUUGCCGAAGGCAGACCCUCAGUCAAAUGA